AUGGCCCCCAACUGCUCCUGCUCCUGCUCCACCGGUGGCUCCUGCACCUGCUCCAGCUCCUGCGGCUGCAAGAACUGCAAGUGCACCUCCUACAUGAAGAGCUACUGCUCCUGCUGCUCCGCGGUCUGCUGCUCCAAGAGUGCCCAGGACUGCAGCUGCAAAGGUGCCUCGGACAAGUGCACGGCCCCAUUUCCUGAUAUACGAUCAUUCUACCACAAAAAUGACAUCAUCUUUGUGUCCGUUUUCAAUAACUUCGAUCGAAUCCUUCACAACAAGCAACUCAUGGGAAGAAGACUUAGUUUGGCUCACAUGGAGGUCACCAUUCAUUAUGGUGGAAAGGGAGCAUGA